AUGGCAGCUUUACAGAGCAUAAGCGCUCUGCUACAACAAAGCUCAAUCGAUGAUCAUGACGAAAUUAUUAAGGCUUGCAAUGCAGCCCUGAAAAAGUCUAAGACCGAUCUUGAGGCGCAGCAUGUCAAGGCCGUGGCUCUCAUCAAACAGGACCGUUUUGACGAUGCGGUUCGGGUGAUUGAAGAUGGAGGUGAUGCCCUGAAAAAAAGAGCUUCUUUGGAAUGGGCGUACGCUCUAUAUAAGAAUGGGAAGCUUGAAGAAGCCAUUGAAGCAGCAGUAGCUUCCGAUGGGAGAGGGGCAAAGCAUUUGGAGGCACAAGCUGCAUACCGACUAGAGGAUUUUCAACGUACCAAAGAUACGUAUGAUGAGCUAUAUAAAAAUCGCAAUGCCUCUGCGCAAGAACACACCGACCUUCGAAUCAAUAUGACUGCCACUCAAGCCCAGCAGCAAUGGGCUGGGAAGUCAAAUUCUCCACAAAUUUCAAUUUCCAGUGACGAGGACCUGGACGCUUUUGAAACAACGUAUAAUGUUGCUUGUGAGCUUAUUGGUAGAGGGGAGUUGUUGCAGGCCCAACAAUUGCUUAAGAGAGCGAAAGAACUUUGCAAAUCUUCCCAGGAUCUAUCGCCGGAAGAGAAAAGGGCUGAGUUGGUUCCCAUUGCCCUCCAAGAAUUAUACGUCACGCAGCGACUGGGUAGGGUAGAUGAAUUCACUACCCUCCUUCAAGAUAUAGAAAUUUCCGAAAUACCUGAAUUAUCGACAAAAAGAAUUGCCCAAAAUAACAUUCUUUUAGCAUCACAGCAAAGCCUUAACCCCUUUUUGCAGCACAAACUAUUCCAUGAAACACCUAAUCCCAGCGAUAGUGACAAGUUGUUUCGGUUUCAAAGCAGGGUACUUAAUCAAAACUCGAACAUUAUUGAGCUUCUUGUUCACAAAUCUGAUGGUGUUGUGCGGUCAACAUUGAAACUUCUCUCGCAGCAAAAAUCUGCGACAUUGUCAGAAAACGCAAAUUCUCUGUCAGUUUUGAAUGUUGCAGCACAGACGCAAAAUGCUACAGGACAAGCUGCUAUCAAAAUAACAUUGUCUAUGCUGUCAAAACGGCCACAAGAUGUUGGGCUUGUUCUCCUUGGUGUUCAGUUAUACAUCUGUGAAGGUAAUGUCAGCUGUGCAGUAUCUAUUCUAGAAAGGUUCUUGAAACAUCUGGACGAAUCAAUAUCUGAAGAAGAUCAAGAAAUACGGUUCAAUCCUGGUUUGAUUAGUGUUCUUGUCGCCCUUUACAAACACCAAGGACGCGAACGGCAAAUCAAGUCAGAGCUUGCCAAAGCCGCCACAUUUUGGCGCCAGCACCCAGAAAAAGAGCAGCCGGUAUCCCUUCUACGAGCAGCGGCAUCUUCACUUCUUCAUUCCUAUGACCAUUCAGAGUUUCGCACUGCAACCGAGCUAUUCGACACACUACAUGCUAUUGACCCAACAGACCAAAUUGCAACAGCCGGCUUUGUUGCAUCCAAUGCUAUUUCAUCCCCAUCCAAGAUUAAAAACGAACCGUCCAAUCUCUCAUCAAUUCCAGACUUAAUAUCAGGUCUUGAUGUUGCCGCCCUCGAAGCAGCCGGAAUUCCUUCUACUACCACCACCGCAACCUCAGGCUCCACGUCACGUAAACGGAAGGCUGAAGAUGAGAAGAAACAAAAUGUUCCCAAAAAGAAACGAAUACGCAAGUCUCGCCUACCUAAGGACUUUGACCCGAGUAAGAAACCCGAUCCCGAACGUUGGCUCCCAUUGCGUGAUCGUUCGACAUACCGACCCAAGGGUAAGAAGGGAAAGCAAAGAGCCGCCGAUAGGACCCAAGGGGGUAUAGUGAAUGAUGAGGCAGCAACGCCGACGGCUGGCGUCGUUCAGCAGAAAAGUAGUGGGGGAAAGAAGAAGAAAGGCAAAGGAAAACGAUGA